UCUACUUUUUAUCCCAUGAAAGGAAAUUACAGAUUUACAGGGAGUAAAUCCCAUUAUGUUCACUAACUUCCCUCCCUUCUGUGUUCUGUGUGACAUUCUUCUAUUCGAGAACUCACUGUACUUCAUGUCCAGGUAUUUCAUUUUCACCGAACCUCAUAACACAUUCUUAAACAAAUGUGAUGUCUUCAUUCGAUUAACUAGAUAUGUAAUACAAUUAUUAGAUGUUUUUUUAUCAUCAUAAAUUAAUUCUUAGAUCUAUGGUGAAAAAUCUCAAUCUAAACGACUCUACAUAUCUUUUAUUUUCCUUGCGUUUUGGAAUAUACGUUUGGAAUAUUACUCUGGAAUUUUAUGUUUGAGAUCCUACAUGCUUUGUAUUUAGAAUAGACUGAUAGCCUGUCUAUGAGUGUGUGUGUGUAUAUCUGUGUAUUUCUAGUUCUUAAGAUUUGGAGUCGGAUCUACUUUAAAUACCUGUAUUUAAAGUUUAACUAUAACAUUAGAAAUCUGCAUUUUGUUAUCUUUUUGGUAUUGAUUAGGCUAAAGAAAAUUUCAAGCAGAGAUGUUGGAUUGCUGGUGUGAAAAAGUGAACAUCUCGAAGUUCAAUAUAGAUUACAAGCAAGAUCUAUUUUCACCCCUCCAUUAUUUGGCUGGAAUUUGCAAAGAACUUAAUUUUGUUUUCAGGCACAGAGUCAUAACACAAUAAGUGGUGUAGUUAGAAUUUUGCAUCAAGUGUUUUUCAGGCCAGCAAAUAAUUUUAUGAGCAAAGUGGACAACUCCCAUGCCCCAUACUACGUUAAACUUUCACCGGGAAAAUUGGCAAAGUAAACUGCAUUGCAUAUUUGCAUUAUAGUAUAUUGAAAGAAGGAAUCAGCAGCACCUGAUAUGGCUGAUGGUGAACAACUCAAGAAGUAUGGGGUCCCAAUUUAUGGAGCUGCAUGGGUCCCAUCCGGCGCCAUCACAUAUGCUCCUGAGCCGAAGCCGGAGGAAGAUGGAGAUAGUAUGGCCCCCGCUGACAAGUUGCCUUCGCUUGCUGCUGACAACUAUAUUGUCCUUGCUGGAGGGGGUGGUGAAGGGCGUAGCGGCGUCCCAAAUGCUAUCCUCCUUGUUCAAUUUAACCCCGACUCCCAUAUCCUAUCCAACCAACCAGUGGCAAGGCUUGGAACUGGUACUGAUGUGCCUUACAGGAUGGCGGUCCACCCUGGAGGAGAAGGUCUUAUUUGUUCUUUACCUAAAAGUUGCAGGUUGUUUGAGUGGGAUGCGAGCAAUAUCACAGAUGAGGGUGCUUUGGCUCUAAAGUCAUCUGAUAGAGUUCUUAAGCAUUUGGAAGACAUUGAGAUGCAAUUAGCACUUACAUUUAACAAUGAGGGUUCCCUACUUGCUGUUGGUGGUGAGGAUGGCAAGCUUAGAGUUUUCAAAUGGCCAAGCAUGGAAAUUAUUAUUGAUGAGCCCAAGGAUCGUUCUUCUGUAAAAGAUUUAGAUUUCAGCCCUGAUGGAAAAUUUCUUGUAUCUCUGGGAAGUGGCUGUUGUAGGGUCUGGGAUGUCUCAACAUUAACAUUGGUGGCCUCUUUGCAGAAGAAAAAUGAUGAGAUGUUUGGAUUUUGUAGGUUCUCACAAAGUAGUAAGAACCAGACCAUCUACGUCACUGCUUCACAUGGAAAAGGAGGAAGUAUUGUGGUGUGGAACACCACUACAUGGAAGAGGAUGAACUCAAAGCUUGUUGUCUCUCUUCCGAUUUCAGCAUUUGAUGUUUCAGCUGAUGGGAAGCUCCUAGCAAUUGGGACCACUCAGGGUGAGGUCCGGGUCUUGAGUUCUGAAAAUAUGCGAGUGCUGAUGACGGUUAAGAAAGCACAUAUGGGUAUACCAACCAAAGUAACAUUCUCCAAGGAUUCAAGGGCUUUGCUCUCUGCCUCAAUGGAUUCAAGUGCAAGGGUGACACUUAUCAGGGACAAUGACAAUGAAAAUAGUGGGUUCAGUUUCUGGAUGGUAGUUUUUGUCAUUUUAUUGGCAAUAGCUGUGUACUAUGCAAAACAGGAAGGGAAGCUUUCAUGGCAGCACAAUUUCCCAUUCAAGUUCUAGAGUAAAGUUUUACUGCUGGCAUUACAUUUUGAUAAUUUUCCGCCAUCGCCCUUUGUUAUUGACAACAGUUGAGGUUCUUCUCCCAUUCCCAGGACAGUUGAUUUAUGUGAAACUGAAACCGCACAUUGUACUCUGUUCCUGUAUGGAAACUCGAGGUGAUGAAUGGGGGUUGCCUCUCUUAGAAAUAGAUAAAUAAAUAAAUUACACACUUAAAAGUGUAAUGUACUCUGGGGACCAAAUUAUGAUGGGCAUACAUUGUAAGUAACAGUUAUUAACCUUACAAAAAGGUUAUGUUAUGAGAUGCCAAUGGAUUUGACAGCUUUAUAUGGUUGUUGAAUAGAGCACUGUCAAUGUAUUAAAAGCAUACAGUUACACACUACUCGGUACUUUUAUAGACUUGCAUUUGGCGUAAUAUUUGUAAACUAAAAUCUCUAUUUACAGUCCAACCAAACGCGGAAUAGCGUCGGAUAAUAAUUUCCCAAUGAUCUGUAAGUGGAAAUGAUGUAUGGAAACUAUUUCCUCAUUCUCAGUUUAAUUUUCUUUUAAUCCGUGAUUAUAUAAUUCGAAGUACAAAAUGGUGUAUAUUAUUGUAUUGCAUUCUUUGUGUUACAUUCUUU